UACUUACAAGAGCCAUAGCUACUUAAUUUAACUAAUUCUAGUUAAUACGUAAUAAUGGGCAUGGCUAGUUCACAGUCAUCAUAUGCCAUUUUCUUCUGCUUGCUGUUAGCAGUUUUGAAAAAUGGUGUUCUUGAAGCUGAGGCUAGAGCUUUCUUUGUGUUUGGCGACUCGUUGGUUGACAAUGGCAAUAACAACUACUUGGCUACCACUGCACGAGCCGAUGCACCUCCUUAUGGGAUCGACUAUCCAACUCAUCGUCCCACUGGCCGUUUCUCUAAUGGAUAUAACAUUCCUGACCUUAUCAGUCAGGCCAUUGGGGAAGAAGCAACAUUGCCAUAUUUGAGUCCAUACCUCACUGGUGAAAAGUUACUUGUUGGUGCCAAUUUUGCUUCUGCUGGUGUUGGGAUACUUAAUGACACAGGAGUCCAGUUCGUUAACAUCAUAAGGAUCACAUUGCAAAUGCAAUACUUUGAACAGUAUCAGCAAAGGGUGAGUGAUAUUAUUGGCCCUCAAGAGACUCAAAGGCUUGUAAAUCAAGCUUUGACCCUCAUCACGUUGGGAGGCAAUGACUUCGUGAACAACUACUAUUUAGUCCCAUUUUCAGCAAGAUCUCGACAAUUUGCUCUUCCAGAUUAUGUUGUCUACUUGAUCUCCGAAUACCGUAAAGUUUUAGCGAGGCUCUAUGAAUUGGGAUUACGAAGGGUUUUGGUCACGGGUACCGGACCAUUGGGGUGCGUGCCGGCGGAACUAGCCCAGCGUGGCCAAAACGGAGGUUGCGCACCGGAGCUGCAACGAGCGGCAAGUUUGUUCAACCCUCAGCUCCAAGCAAUGCUUGAUAGUCUCAACAGUGAGAUAGGGAGCAAUGUGUUCAUUGGUGCCAAUAUUCGACAAACCAACAUCGAUUUCAUCUCCGACCCCGGAAGAUACGGAUUUGUUACUUCGAAGGUAGCAUGUUGUGGACAAGGACCAUUUAAUGGAAUCGGGCUAUGCACAGGGUUAUCGAACUUAUGUCCCAACAGAGAUAUCUACGCUUUUUGGGACGCGUUCCACCCAUCCGAACGAGCAAACAAGAUCAUCGUACAACAAAUUCUAUCGGGCUCGACAGACUACAUGUCGCCAAUGAACCUUAGCACCAUCAUGGCUUUGGAUGCUGCUACUAAUGUGUGAUUGCAGCACCAUUUCUGCAUCUGUUUGAUAUCAUAUAUAUAUUCGUUUGUGUAUGUUUUUAGUUCUUAAGAUUGAUUUCAAGUGUUAAUUCCGUACGCAAUUUAUUUGGUCGAAUUGAAGUCAUAGGUUUAAUAAUUUUGUGUCAAAUUGUAGCAUCAUCAAAUGUUUCUAUCUUGAGCACAAUCAAAUAAAAUGAAAACCGCAUCUAAGCUACUUAAAUCUA